GCGAGGCCUUGCUUGUGUCAUAUAGGGGAGUUGCCCGGCCCAGACCAGACGUACCAACACACCCUGCCAAGCAACACGGUCCUGCCGAAUUAAACCCUCUCCUGUCCCGCAGCACCAAAAUACCCGCCGAGGCCUAGAAAACGUCUAAAUCAGACAGCAUAAGGCAGCAUGGUGUACCAUCCUGAGUUUGAGAAGGCUGGCCAGCAGUCGGGCCUGCAGGUGUGGAGGAUUGAGAAGUUUGACCUGGUGGCCGUGCCAGAGAACCUGUAUGGAAGCUUCUACACAGGAGACGCCUACCUCGUCCUCAACACCAUCAAGCAGCGCUCUGGGAACCUGCAGUAUGACCUGCACUUCUGGCUGGGUGAUUUCUGCACCCAGGAUGAGAGUGGAGCAGCAGCCAUCUUCACAGUCCAGAUGGAUGACUAUCUGGGGGGUAAACCCAUCCAGUACCGCGAGGUCCAGGGACAUGAGUCCAAAGUAUUCCUGGGUUACUUCAAGGCUGGACUGAAGUACUUGAAAGGAGGUGUGGCAUCCGGGUUCAAACAUGUGGUCACCAACGAGGUGGUUAUGCAGCGGGUGCUGCAGGUCAAAGGUCGGCGUGUUGUCAGGGCAACGGAGGUGCCUGUCAGCUGGGACAGCUUCAACCAGGGAGACUGCUUCAUCCUGGACUUGGGAAGCGAUAUCUACCAGUGGUGUGGUUCCCAGAGCAACCGCUUUGAGAAGCUGAAGGCCACCCAGGUUGCCAAGGGUAUCCGUGACAACGAGCGCAGUGGGCGAGCCCGCGUUUACGUGUGUGACGAGGGGGCAGAGAGAGACAAGAUGAUAGAGGUUCUGGGAGAUAAACCAGACCUGCCUGAAGGAUCCUCUGAUGACAUCAAAGCAGAUGCCUCAAACAGGAAGAUGGCCAAACUGUACAAGGUGUCCAAUGGCAGUGGAGACAUGGCCAUGUCCAUGGUGGCAGCAGAGAACCCAUUCUCCCAGAGUGCACUGGAGUCCAGCGACUGCUUCAUCCUGGAUCACGGCUCUGAUGGCAAGAUCUUCGUCUGGAAAGGCAAAGAAGCCAACCUGGAGGAGCGUAAGGCAGCCAUGAAAGCAGCAGAUGAGUUCAUCAAGAAGAUGGGGUACCCCAAACACACCCAGGUGCAGAUCCUGCCGGAGAUGGGAGAGACGCCUCUCUUCAAGCAGUUCUUCAAGAACUGGCGUGACAAGGACCAGACAGAGGGCCUGGGUGUGGCCUACGUCUCCAACAGCAUCGCCAAGAUAGUGAAGGUGUCCUUUGAUGCCGCCACGCUCCACGACUCCCCUGCCAUGGCUGCCCAGCACGGCAUGGUGGACGGCGGCAACGGAGAGAAGCAGAUCUGGCGUAUUGAGGGAUCAGACAAGGUGGAAGUGGACCCCUCCACACAUGGACAAUUCUACGGGGGAGACAGUUACAUCAUCCUCUACAACUACCACCAUGGAGGACGCCAAGGACAUAUUAUCUACAUGUGGCAGGGAAGUGAUUCUUCCCAUGACGAAAUUGGUGCUUCAGCCAUCUUGGGUGCCCAGUUGGACGAUGAGCUUGGUGGUGGGCCUGUGCAGGUUUCUGGGGCUCCUAUUACCACCCAGGUGAGGGUAGUCCAGGGCAAGGAGCCAGCUCACCUCAUGAGCCUGUUCAGGGGACAGCCCAUGGUGGUGUACAAGGGAGGUACGUCCAGAGACGGGGGUCAGUCCGCUCCCGCUGAAACACGACUCUUCCAGGUGCGCUCCAACUCUGCAGGGUGCACAAGAGCUGUGGAGGUUGAUGCUGUGUCCUCCAACCUGAACUCCAACGACGCCUUCCUCCUGGUGACUCCAGCAGCCUCCUUCAUGUGGGUGGGCCAGGGGGCCAGUGACACUGAGAAAAAUGGCACCCAGCAGCUCUGUGACAUUCUGGGGGUGUCCUCCUCAGAACUGUCUGAGGGCGGAGAGACUGAUGACUUCUGGGAGGCUCUGGGAGGGAAGGCAGCGUACCGCACCUCCUCCAGACUGAGAAGCAAGGACAAGUUGGACGCCCAUCCACCCAGGCUCUUUGCCUGCUCCAACAAGACCGGAAACUUCAUUAUUGAGGAGGUACCUGGGGAGAUGACCCAAGAGGAUCUGGCUACCGAUGAUGUCAUGAUCAUGGACACAUGGGAUCAGGUGUUUGUCUGGAUCGGGAAUGAAGCACAUGAAGAGGAGAAGAGUGAGGCGAUGGCCUCCGCUGUGCGUUACAUUGAGACAGACCCUGCCAACCGUGACCGCAGGACGCCCAUCGUGAAGAUCAAGCAAGGGUUUGAGCCGCCCACGUUCACCGGCUGGUUCCUGGGCUGGGACCACGAGUACUGGACCAGCGACCCCCUGGAGCGGGCCAUGGCUGAGCUGGAGCUGUGAACCGUCACCUUUAACCCCUAACCCUGCCGCCUGGCUCUACCACACACACUGAGCAGCUCCAGUCAUGAGACUUUCAAUGGUUGAAUCCUUUAUGCCCUGCCAACCUCCUUACUUCUGACUGCCAGUGGGAAUAGAACAGGCUUUCAUACACCUGUUGAGCUGACACAGAGCACUAGUGCACUAUUUUAAUCUCUCCUGAUAAUAAUACUUUAUUAGCUUUUAUACAUAUGCAAAUGAGCAUGUAAGUGACCAAUAAUUAGGGCUUUAAUGGAACCGAAGGCUUAGAUAAAGCAAUCUGCAUGGACAUUUAAAUAUAGUUUGUGUGAGAUAUUUUAUACAUUUAUUUCUACGAUGCCAACAACAGUAGGCUGUUUCUCGCUAUUCAGUAUCUCACAAACAUCCAAAACCUAGCAUAUUACACUGAACAAAAAUAUAAACGCAACAUGUAAAGUGUUGGUCCCAUGUUUCAUGAA